CUCAGUAACAUCUUUUGAAAAAGAAGUUACCAAUAUAUACAGCAAGAUCCAAAACUCUUAUUUUGACGGCUAGUAAUUGACAUCUAAUAACAAUUUCUCCACUCCGCUUCCCAUUUUAUUACAAAAGUUCAGUGUCUUCCAGUAAAGAAUGCCCUAACUUACGAUUUUAUGAGACAUAAAGAUGGUAAACGGAAUCCUCCCAUUUGUCCACAUUCAAACCGAAGCACUCUGCUCUGCAUAUGUUGAGACAUUUGUGUUGUGUAUUAUUUCAAGAUUCAGGUAUUGAGUGAUGAGAUAUUUAAGUAAAUACUUAUGUGGUGGUUGAAAUUGCGGUCUUUUGAAAGGAGUAAACUCUGAAAGACUUUUCAUUUAAAAUAGGCUGAAGGAAUUAAAAUUUUCAAAAUUACUCUUAUUUUCUUAUGUAUCAUCUGUAGAGAUUACCCCCUUUCAGCCUUGGAAGUUUAGGGCAGCAAAAUAAUUUUCUUUAGAAUAUAUAAAAAAUAACUAAGGGGUGAAUACCUUUAUACCACAAUUUGCCUGUGUUCCAUUUCUUUUUAUUCUCAUUCAUGAGAUACUGAUUAAUAAACAGGUUUUAUGUCUAGAAAAUUCCCAUCUCUAAAUCAAGAUUAGUAUUCGUUGGCUUUUACACCAUAAGACUAAAUGUGUUAAAAAAAAAAAAAGGAAGCGAUGGAGUGGAAAUUCCUGUGCUGUACGUGACAUGAUUUUCACCUGACCAACAUCAUAAACUCCUUCCCUUCUACAGGUGUGGGCACUUUUUUUUUUUUCCUCUCCCUCCUCUUUCCACUAAGGGCUAAUUAGGGAGGUAGCCUUGAAGAAUAAGCUUGCCAUUUCUAUAAAAGGAGCCACUGCACUGAUACACAGCUGAAAAUCCUCAGUUUUGGACUGAACUCCCAGCAGGGAAGCAACUUUCUGGGGGAAAAGUUCCAGGCAGUGAGAAAAGCCAAGAGCAAAGGCUCUGAGCGGCUGAGCUUGUCAUUCGUCAUAAAGUACACAAACGACUUGUGAAAAUCGGAUCCAACGGGAACUGCAUAAAGAAACCUGUUUCUAAUUAGGUGUGGAGUUGCAAGAGCUCUGGAAUAGAUGUUGGUGCUAAACUGUUCUACCAAAUUACUGAUACUGGAGAAGAUGUUGAAGACUUGCUUUCCAGAAUCAUUCAAGGUUUAUGGAGCAGUGAUGAAUAUAAAUCGUGGGAAUCCCUUUCAAAAAGAAGUGGUGUUGGAUUCAUGGCCAGAUUUCAAAGCUGUUAUUACCCGACGACAAAGAGAGGCUGAGGUAGAUAACCUUGAUCAUUAUACUAAUGCCUAUGCUGUGUUCUACAAGGAUGUCAGAGCUUAUCGACAGCUAUUGGAAGAAUGUGAUGUUUUUAACUGGGACCAAGUUUUUCAAAUACAAGGGCUGCAGAGUGAGUUAUAUGAUGUUUCCAAAGUGGUUGCCAACUCAAAGCAGUUGAAUGUAAAGCUAACUUCCUUCAAGGCUGUUUGUUUUUCUCCUGUUUCAACUCUGCCAGAUGCCAGUUUCCUGAAGGGGCCUUCCCCACGACUAACCUACCUGAGUGUUGCUGAUGCGGAUCUACUCAACCGGACUUGGUCGCGGGGCGGCAAUGAGCAAUGUCUCCGGUACAUCGCCAACCUCAUCGCCUGCUUCCCUAGUGUGUGUGUCCGGGAUGAGAAGGGAAAUCCUGUCUCUUGGUCCAUCACAGACCAGUUUGCCACCAUGUGCCAUGGCUACACCCUGCCAGAACAUCGCAGGAAAGGUUACAGCCGGCUGGUGGCCCUCACGCUGGCUAGGAAGUUGCAAAGCCGGGGAUUCCCCUCUCAGGGGAACGUCCUGGAUGACAACACAGCAUCUAUAAGCCUCCUGAAAAGUCUCCAUGCUGAGUUCUUGCCUUGCCGCUUUCACAGGCUUAUUCUCACCCCUGCCACUCUCUCUGGCCAGUCUCACCUCUAGCCCAGUGAAAAACUGCAGUGGUUUUCUUACUUUCCCUGAGCAUACACACUCUUGGCUGCCAAUGAAGGGAGAGUUAAAAUGGGAAUCAGGAUACUCUUGGGUUGUUGGAAAGUACCUGGCUAAUUCAUACAGGAUCUGCUUGAGAAGCCUUAAUUCUUUGCAUCUCAGGUUUCUCCAGUAAAAUAGCUGUGGGAGUGAAGAGUAGCUGUGGCUGAAGACAGGAUGAUUGGUUCCUCUGUAUGAGAAUAGGAUCUAAAGCCAGCAGUUUUAGUGUACUGGGAGAAAUUACUGAAUGAGAACAAAUGAUUUAACCCAGGACUUUGGGGCUUCUGCUUUAUGUUUGCUGCUUGGACCUCUGUAUUCUUAGAGCCACAUCGCUUCCCUACUGCCAUCACUUUCCCCUAUUCCCACUGCUGUGUCUCACCAACCUCUGUUCCUAAAACCUCUGCCGCCAAGUGUUUUCUCUGUAGAGUAACCUGCUUUUUCCCUUUUAAUUACUUGCUCUUUACUUCUGCCUAGGACUCGAGCUUAUAAUUUGCUGCCAUGGGAAUGUUCAAAUGCAGUGAUUCUUAGUGGUUUUAGUGUUUAUCAGAAUCACCUGGAGGGCAGGUUGCAACACGCAUCCCUAGGCCUCUCCUGCUAUGAGGUAGGGCCCAAAAAUUUGCAUUUCUAACAGCUUCCCACUGCUUAUUUGCCUUGGAUGAAUGACAAUAUGGGCAUUUUGAUGCUAUAAACAAAUGCUGUAAGCAUAGGACUAGACCUUACCUGUAAUCUAUUUCAGUUCCUUAUUCUUAUAAUCUAUUUCCUAUAUAAAACUAAGAUUCAUACCUAGGGGUGUGUGGGGUAUACAAAUGAAUAUAUAACAUAUGCAUAUACAUAUAUAUACAUUCAAUUAAUAUCUUCUAUAUGUAUAUGUAUAUACUCAUAGAAUUUUGAUAAGAUAAUAAACCUUAACUCUCUGAUUACAUGUGAAAAAUUUGAGGACCAGAGAAAAGAAAUAAGUUUGUCAAGAUUAUAUUCUUUAUAAUCCAUACUGGAGGCAAAGCCAGAAUGCUGUACUUUUAAUUUCAAUCUGUUCUUUUCACUAAAUCAUGUAUCUUUUUUAAUAAAGAAAAUUAUAAUGCUUAAUUAAAAUAUUAAUUUAUUUUUC